UUGCUCAUUGCGAGGAGUAGCGGAAGACCUGUGUGGUUUUGGCAAGAUCCUACCUGCCAACUGUCAACGGACCCGGCUACAGAAAGGCAACACAGCGAAUGAAACAUGGAGUGUAUUCCAGUGAUUGUUGAUGAUCUUGAGGGCAAGAAGGACCCAGUCGUAGAGGACCCAGAGCACAAUGUGUACACCAGGUUUAUGAAGUCCCACGGGUGUUAUGACCUCAUACCUACCAGCUCCAAACUGGUUGUGUUUGAUACCUCACUUCAGGUCAAGAAGGCGUUCUUUGCUCUCGUCUCUAAUGGGGUAAGGGCAGCGCCUCUGUGGGACAGCAAGAAGCAGUGUUUUGUUGGUAUGCUGACCAUCACAGACUUUAUUAAUAUUCUACAUCGCUACUACAAAUCUCCAUUGGUACAGAUAUACGAAUUGGAAGAACACAAAAUUGAAACAUGGAGAGAGUUGUACCUUCAAGACUCUUUUAAGCCCUUGGUCAGCAUAUCUCCCAAUGCUAGUUUGUAUGAUGCAGUAGCGUCUCUGCUGAAGAAUAAGAUCCACAGACUGCCUGUAAUCGACCCUCUGACGGGGAACACGCUCUAUAUUCUCACACACAAGAGGAUCCUCAAGUUCCUGAAGCUUUUUAUAUCCGAGAUGCCAAAACCCUCGUUCUUGAGAGAAACCAUAGAAGACCUGAACAUCGGAACUUUCCAGAACAUAGCAGUGGUCCGCACAGACACACCGCUGUACACGGCGCUGGGUAUGUUUGUUGAGCAGCGAGUGUCAGCACUCCCCGUUGUUGAUGACAAAGGUCGAGUGGUGGAUAUAUACUCAAAAUUUGAUGUCAUAAACCUGGCAGCAGAGAAGACGUAUAACAACCUGGAUCUGACGGUGACCAAAGCGCUGCAGCACCGCUCGCAGUACUUUGAAGGAGUGCUGACCUGCCACAGGCACGAGACUCUGGAGGCCAUCAUCAACAGACUGGUGGACGCCGAGGUGCACAGGCUGGUGGUGGUGGACGAGCAGGAUGUGGUGAAGGGAAUUGUCUCCCUUUCAGAUAUUCUCCAGGCACUCGUGUUGACUGAUGGAGAAGAGGGCACAGCUUGAGGAAGUGACCCUGAUGAGGAACGGCUCCACAGUUUAAAGAUGACUGCAAAGGGAGAAAGAACAGGCAUGUAAGAGGGUCAUUUUGACAGUACAUUGAAGUAUCCUCACCCCUCUCCUGUAAUCAGACUUCCUAUAUUCACACAUGAAGACUUCCCUCCCUGCAGACAUGUGAAGCUUUAUUAAUCAGCAAUAUAAAAUUGUAGUAGCACAGACAUACAGAAGCUCUUGCAAAUUGAGUUCCAAGCUACAGGAGGCAGAGCCAACAGACCUCUGAAGAGGAGUGGCAGCCUCUCAGGAUGACCAGGCAUCAUUCCCACCUCUGUGCUGGUUGAUUCAUGUACAGUAGAGGACCAUUGAUCACGGCUUGAUCACAAGUGUUUUCCCCAUUAGUGUAAAUUGUAAUCGGUAACAAGAUACAGGAAAACUGAUUUACCUGUGUUGCCUUCUGUUGGCAGCAUUUCAUUAUUUUAACGAGGCUGAAAUCUAGAUGCACACAAAGCCUGUGUGAGUCAUUUUAAACAGUGUAACUUUGUCUGAUGGUGUGAGUCGUUGUUCUGACUCGUUCUUUGUACAUAUAUAUAGUAUGACGUGUUCCGGCUUCCAGCUAGUUUGAUUAUUUGAAUGCAGGCGGGGGAUUGAUUUCUUCAUCAUUUCUAUUCUCAACUACCAAUCUGCAAAGAAGAAAUUCAUGGUCAUAAGGUUCCAGAGUUAUUUAUCUGUAUGUCAUACAUAAUGUACAUAUACAGUACAUGCAUACAAAAACUAUCUACAUGCUACUAUAAAUUAAUGUAUAUUAUAAAUAUGAUCUAGACAAAUUCUAACACUAGAUAUUAAAGAUGGCAAAAAGUCUGCUCUGGUCAGUUUAGAUUUCAAAUAAAAAUGCCAGAUCAUGGUCUCACUAAAUGUUUUUAAUAAGACAGGACUUAUUGCUUCAAAAGAAAUAAUUAUAAUUUAAGCCAGUAAAAAAACCAAACAAUCAAGUUACUGCAGUCACCGUUUAAUCUGACAAAAAGGUAGCGAACCUGGAAGAGCAGAACGGCAUCGAUGGAUCUGCUGUUAGCUCACCGUUGUGCUGCGUCCUGUCUAAAGGCACAACCUCUGGAUAUUUAUGGGUUUUAUGUUUUACCGUUUCGUCUGUGUUGUCAAGUAUAACUAACGUUUAAUGCACAUUUUACUAUUUUUCUGGCUGUUUUGUAUUGGCGUUAAAGGAAAUUGCUUAUUCAAUGCUGCAAGAUCUCAUCAGUUUCUGGAAAAGUGGUCCAUUUGAAAACAAUUGCUUGUUUUCUGAUUUCUACCUUCUUGGUGUGUGAUAUCAGUGAUGAACAUCAAGUGCAUUUAUUCAGAAGUUGUCUGUUCAUUGUGUUUAAGGGACUCAAUCAAAGUCACUCAAUACCAGCAUUUCCUUUCCAUAUCCUUAGAGGAUGGGCCGUGGACAUGUUAAACUUCCUGUUUUGGUAUAUUUACAAUGGAAGGUGUACAGCUGUAUGUAAAUGCACAGAUUUUGUAGUUAUCUGGAUUGAUAUGAUUGAAAGGAUGAGCAAUAAAGUUUCUGAGUUUAUUUUAAA